AUGGAUUCUGAAGAGGAGUACAUGUCCAACAUGUCGAGCGACGACGAGAUUAUGCAGGAAUACAGUGCCGACGAGGACGUGUCCGCAGGCGAAGACUUUGACGAAGAUGACUUUGACGAGCCCGAUCCCGACUUUGGCUUGUCCGCCAAGGACAUCGACAAGACGAAGCGACAGGCACACGUGAUCCCCUUCAAGGUGUUCGAGCCGACCGACAUUCAGCGUCAGCAGGACGACAUGAUCAACGAAGUAAACAUGAUCCUCGACAUGCGCAAAGAGGAUGCAGCCAUAUUGUUGCGAUACUUUCGGUGGAACAAGGAGCGCUUGCUCGAGGACUACAUGGAUCGUCCCGACAAGGUUCUCGAGGCGGCUGGCCUGAGCAACAACUCGUCGGCGCUGCCGAAGCUCGAAACGAUCCCCGGCUUUGUCUGCGACAUCUGCUGCGAGGACGAGGAGGGACUCCAGUCGUUUGGCAUGAAGUGCGGCCACCGCUACUGCGUCGACUGCUAUCGGCAGUACCUGACGCAGAAGAUCCGGGGCGAGGGCGAAGCGGCCAGAAUCCAGUGCCCCGCCGACGGCUGCGGCCGCAUCCUCGACUCUCGGUCGCUGGACCUGCUCGUUACAGAGGACCUCACGGAAAGGUACCAUGACCUGCUGAACCGCACAUACGUCGAGGACAAGGACAUGUUCAAGUGGUGCCCGGCGCCGGACUGCCCCAACGUCAUCGAGUGCGGCGUCAAGAAAAAGGACCUGGACAGGAUCGUGCCGACGGUCGAGUGCCAGUGCGGCUACCGCUUCUGCUUCGGCUGCCCCAAUCCCGACCACCAGCCUGCUCCUUGCGGCCUGGUGAAGAAGUGGCUCAAGAAGUGUGCCGACGACUCCGAGACGGCAAACUGGAUCUCGGCGAAUACCAAGGAAUGCCCCAAGUGCAGCUCGACGAUUGAGAAGAAUGGCGGCUGCAACCACAUGACGUGCCGAAAGUGUAAGUACGAGUUCUGCUGGAUGUGCAUGGGCCUCUGGUCGGAGCACGGCACCAGCUGGUACAACUGCAACCGCUACGAGGAGAAGAGCGGAUCCGAGGCCCGCGAUGCACAGGCCAAGAGCCGCACGUCGCUGGAGCGGUACCUGCACUACUACAACCGAUACGCCAACCACGAGCAGUCGGCCAAGCUCGACAAGGACAUUGCGCAGAAGACGGAGAAGAAGAUGGUGCAGCUGCAGACCACCUCGGGCAUGUCGUGGAUCGAGGUGCAGUACCUCAACUCGGCCUCCCAGGCGCUGCAGACCUGCCGCCAGACACUCAAGUGGACCUAUGCCUUCGCCUUCUACCUUGCUAAGAACAACCUGACCGAGAUAUUCGAGGACAACCAAAAGGACCUGGAGAUGGCGGUGGAGAACCUGUCGGAGAUGUUCGAGAAGCCCAUCCAGGAGCUCUCGGACUCGAAGCUCAAGGUGGACAUAAUGGACAAGACGUCCUACUGCAACAAGCGCCGCGUGAUUCUGCUUGAGGACACGGCGGACAAUCUCGCCAAAUCGAAAUGGACAUUCAAUUCCGACCUCACGAACCCGACCCCGGCGCCCACGGCUCGCCGCUAA